GUGGUUUAAAUGUUCAGAGUCGCGAUAUUGGGAUAACUUUAAACAAGAAUAUGUUAGGAUAUCGUUUCGCAAUGAAUUAAUCGCGUUCGUUAAUUGAACGAACAAACUUAACCUUAAAGGGAAAUUUCAAUGUUCUCGUUCGACCAAACGGUAUACUUAAUGGUAAAAAAUAAUUAUAACUUAAGAUGGCACAACGAUUGACCGGCAAACAGAAAUUAAAGUCACUCUUGAAAGUGACCAGCACCGCUACUUUGUUGUACGGUGGCGUUUGUAUUUAUCAGAGCAAUGAAAACUUCUAUAAUAAAUUUGUUGUACCUCUGGCACAAUUUCUGGAUCCAGAAUUUGCUCACAAUAGCGCUGUGAAGAUUUUAAAAUGGGGUCUUCUGCCUAAGCAAAAUACAGAGGACCCACCUUCCCUUGCAGUUAACGUUUGGGGUAUGCAAUUUAAGAAUCCAGUAGGAAUGGCAGCUGGCUUUGAUAAACAAGGUGAAGCUGUAGAGGGCUUGCACAAAAUAGGUUUUAGCUUUGUAGAAAUAGGAUCGGUUACACCAAAACCUCAACCAGGCAACCCAAAACCAAGGGUGUUUAGAUUACUAGAAGACAAUGCAGUGGUUAAUCGAUACGGCUUUAACAGCGAAGGGCACAACAGUGUGUGGGAACGUUUAAGGAGACUCAGGGAUGACCAGAACUUCAAUGGUAUUGUAGGAAUCAACUUGGGUAAAAAUAAAACGUCCGAAGAUGCUGCACAAGACUAUGUAGAUGGCAUUAAGAAGUUCUCAGAUGUAGCAGAUUAUUUUGUGAUUAACAUAUCUAGUCCCAAUACUCCUGGAUUAAGAAUGCUCCAGAACAAAAAAGAUUUAGAACAAUUACUGACAAAAGUGAACAAAGUCAGGCAACUUGUACAUAGCAGACAACCGUUAUUGCUGAAGCUAGCGCCAGAUUUGUCAGACUCUGAGAAGAAAGACAUUGCAGAUGUGAUACUCGAGCAGAAAUCCAAAGUAGAUGGCCUAAUAUUAUGUAAUACUACGGUUACUCGUAAUAAUUUAUCGAGUCCUCUUAAAGAGGAAAGUGGAGGACUUAGCGGAGCUCCUCUCGCGGACAUGUCGACCACAAUGAUCUCAGAUAUGUAUAAACUAACGAAGGGCACUAUUCCCAUUAUCGGCGUUGGUGGUAUAUUUACCGGAGCAGAUGCUUAUAAUAAAAUCAAAGCUGGUGCUUCUUUGAUACAAGUUUACACGUCGUUUACGUUCCGCGGACCACCUGUAGUAGGAAAGAUUAAACGAGAAUUGGACGAUAUGCUCAAACAAGAUGGCCUGACGUCUAUCGGAGAUGCGGUUGGAAAGGAUGCCAAUGUUCGAUAA